UAGUUUAAUCAACGUAUGUUUAAAAGUAAAUGCUUAUAAUUCGUAUCUGAAUUUAAUGAUUUUAAUAUUUUUUUUACGUAAUUGCAAUAAUUUAUAUAUUUCUAAUUUUUUAUAAUAAAAAAUCAUAUUUUUAUAAUAAAAAAUUAUAUUUACAAAUUUUUAAAUAUAAAAUAUUAUCAUAUUUUUUAUAAAUAAUUAAAAAAGUAAUUUUAUUUAUUAAUUUCAUUAAUAAUUUAAAACAUAAAAAUAUUGAGAAAAUUUUAUAUAAUAUAUAAAGUAUAAAAAAAUUAAAAGAAUUUUCAUAAAAUCCUUACUAACUAAAUGUUCAGGUUGGUAAUAAUAGAUUAUUAAAUGAAGGUUAGUAAAAUAUAACCAUUGAUGUGAUAAGUUCAAUGAAGUCAUUGUGUCAAAAGUUAUAUUUUUUUAAUAUAAUAGCAUUAAGUUUUGGCAUUAUAACAGAUUUAUUAUAUGAUGUUGAAUAUUUGAAAAAAUUAUUUUUCAUAUAAUAUAUAAAACACACAUAUGAAAAACAUAUCAAUAUAUAAUAUUUUCGAAAACUAAAAAAUAAUAAAAUUUACCAAACAAAAAAUAAAAAUCAAAGUGUUUAGAAAGAAAAAAUAUUAUGGAGUCCUUAAUUUAAAAAUGUGUAUUUUUAAUUAUUAAUGUUCAAAAAACAAUAUUAAAUCAAUAAAUGGAAAUUUAUUUAAAAUAAAUUUUUAAAUAAAAUGGAUGUGCUUACAAAGUUAAGAAAUACUGUUAGCAAUACAAUUUCUAAUACUGUUCAAAAUACUGCUUAUGGCUUGUCACAAUUAUCAAAUGUUCUUCCUGGUAAUCCAGUAACCAGGGAAUUUGAAGUAACUGCUCAUAUUGCGAGUGCAGGACCAUCAUUAUUGUGGAAAGUGUACAAUGGUUACAAAAAAUCUACAAAACAAGAGGCAGCAAUUUUUGUAUUUGAAAAACGUAUUUUGGAAAAAUUUUCAAAAAAUGAUAAGGAAUUAAUCUUAGAAACAUUAAAAAGAGGUGUUGCACAAUUAACAAAAUUACGUCAUCCACAAAUUUUAAUUGUUCAACAUCCUUUAGAAGAAUCAAGAGAUAGUUUAGCAUUUGCAACUGAACCUGUUUUAGCUAGUUUAGCUAAUAUUUUGGGAAAUCAUAAUAAUUUGCCACAACCCUUACCUAUGGCAUUAAAGGAUUAUAAAUUACAUGAUAUUGAAAUUAAAUAUGGACUUUUACAGCUUGGGGAAGGUCUUGCAUUUUUACAUGGAGAUGUUAAAUUAUUACAUAGAAACUUAUGUCCAGAAUCUAUUGUUGUUAAUAGUCAUGGAGCAUGGAAAAUUUUUGGAUUUGAUUUUUGUGCAUUGAAUCAAAGUAUUGAAGGUAAACAACCUCAAUGGUCAUAUGUAGAAUAUGAUAUUUCAAGUACAUCUAUAGCUCAACCAAAUUUGGAUUAUCAAGCACCAGAAUGUAUUUUAGCAAGCAGUGUUGGUACAGCUAGUGAUAUAUUUUCUUUGGGAAUAGUGAUAUAUAUUUUACAUUCUUCAAAGAAUAUACUUCCUUAUGAAUCUAAUAAUGACUUAUUAAAACACAAACAAUUUUUAGAAAAUUUUAAAAGUUCAACUAUUGCAGAUACAUUUCUUCCAACUUCAGAAACUCUCAAAGAUACAGUUAAAUUGAUGUUACAUCAUAAUCCUGAAUUAAGACCAGAUGCUCAUCAAUUUGUGAAGAUUGAAUAUUUUAUGGACAUAGGUGUGAAAACUCUCAAUUACUUAGAUAAAAUUUUUCAAUGGGAUAAUUUACAAAAAUCACAAUUUUAUAAAGGAUUACCUCAACUUUUAAAACAAUUACCGCAUAGAGUUAUAUUACAUAGAGUUCUUCCAGCUUUAUAUAAGGAAUUAUUUAAUCCUCCAAUGAUUCCAUUUGUUUUACCUAGUAUAAUUUUUGCUAUGGAAACAAGUUCUGUGGAAGAAUUUAGAGAAUAUAUUUUACCUAAUAUUAAACAAGUUUUGACAUUGGAUGAUCCACCACAAAUUAGUCUUGUUUUAAUGCAACAUGCUGAUUUAUUAUUAAAAUUAUGUACUACUGAAGUAAUAAAAACAGAUAUAGUUCCAAUGUUAUUAAGAGCUUUAGAAUCUGAAUGGGAACAAUUACAAGAAUUAUGUUUAUCAGCUUUACCUAAUAUUAUAACAAUGAUUGAAGGACCAGUAAUUAAAAAUGCAAUUUUACCUAGAAUGAAAAAGAUUUGUUUAUAUGGGAAAAGAAGCAAUAGCAAAAGUCUUGGAGUUAGAGUCAAUUGUUUAUUAUGUCUAGCAAAAAUGUUACCUCAUUUUGACCGAUGGCUUGUUCUUGAUCAAGUAUUACCUUUUCUACAAGAAAUUCCACAUUCUGGUGAACCUGCAAUUCUUAUGGCAAUUAUAGGUAUUUAUAGAAUGUUAUUAAGCCAUAGUAAGCUGGGAACAAGUAAAGAAAUACUAGCAACAAAAAUUUUACCAUUUUUAUUGCCAUUAUGUAUUGAACAAAAUUUUAGUCUACCACAAUAUGAAAUUCUUUCAAAUCUUGUAAUUGAAAUGAUAAAUCGUGUAACAUCAGAGCAUAAAGAAGCCUUGAAACAAUUAGAUGCUAUGCGCCGUGAAACUCAACAAUUAGAUCAACAACUUUCACAAACUUCUACUAUUUAUAAAAAUAUUAAUUCAAUAAAUAAUGAUAUUACUAUAACUCCCAUAGUUCCUACUUCAAAUAAAACCACAACUUUAAAAUCUCUGCAGAUUGAAAAUGGAUUAACAAUGGAAGAUAAAUUUCGAUUAAUUCAACAACAAGAAGUACAUCAAAGAUUACAAUCGCAAACACCAUUAAUACCAACAAUUGUUCAACCUACAAAACCACCAAUAAAAGAUUUAACUGAUACUUUAUUGAAAUCAAAUUUAGAUCAGUUAAAUCUUUCAAUGUCAAGUUCAAAACCUGAUUAUUCUUGGAAAAUACCAAAUUCUAACCAAUACCAACAUUUUAAUCCACAAGGAAUGAAUGUACAAUUAAAUCAAAAAGGAAAUACUUACAUUCCUAAUUCAGUUAUUCCUUGUAAUAGUAUUAAUUAUUCUAUGAAUCAAGAAAAUAUUACACUUAAUACAUUAGAAUUCAAAUCAAAUUUGAAUUCUAAUGCAAAUAAUUUUUCUGUUAAUCAAUUAGAAUUUAAUUCAAAUUCAAUUUCCAAUUCAAAUAAAAAAAUAGAAAAAUUGUCAUCUUAUGAUGUAAUGGACUUACUUAGUUAAUGAUUUUACUAAUGUAAUAUAGUAUCAUAAGAUUUAUUAUUACAUGUGAAAAAAAUAAUCAAUUUAUUAAAACUAGAUAUAUAACUAGAUAUAUUAUUAUAUUUGUUACAAGCUUUUUUGUUUCUUUAUUAUUUUAUUUUUAUUAUCUUAAUUAGAAUUUUUAAUACUGAAUUUUUCAUUGUCUUAUUUCUGAAUUUGAAAAAAAUGUGACAUAUUUUUAUCUAAUUUUAAAAAAUUAAAAUGUUUAUAUUAUUAUAAUAUGAUUAUAUAUUAUGUUAAAUAAUAUAUUAAAUAAUAUUAUAAAUAUAAUUCAAAAAUGGAACAAAUAUUUGUUGAAAAUUUGAGAAAUAGAUAUCAUUUAAAAAAAUGUAACAAUUCUGUACAAUAUGUGACAUAUUUGUUUUUAUUUAAUGUAUUCUUUAUUUAUUUGGUUAUUGUUAUGAAUAUUAUAGAAAAUUUUAGCAUUUUAAAAGCAUUCAAAUAAAAUAUAUAAUUUUAGAAAUAAAACAUAUACAUAUUUCUUAAUAUGUUUUUAUAAAUAUCUAAAAUAAACUAAAAACUAUUAUAACUUAAUAUUAAAAUUAAUAUUAAAUAAUAUCCAGUAUACAUUUUAAAUAUAAUAAUAUUUAUUUAUUAUUAAGUAUAGCAUUUAAUAAUUGUGUGUGUAUUUAUAUUAUAAUAAAGUUAUUAAUUACUUUCUUAAUUAAUAUCAAAA